AUGUAUGAUAACUAUUCAGGCCUGUAUAUUCCCUCUGCCCUUGCCAUCAGCUACUUUCUGGCGUUUGCAUCCGUGUCUGGUGUGAUUGUGCAUGUGACACUCUUUCAUGGCAAAGCACUGUGGCGCCAGUUGCGCACGCCCCCCAAGGAAGCGAACGACGUGCACAUGCGACUGAUGAAUAAGUACAAAGAGGCGCCAUACUGGUGGUAUCUCGCUGUAUUUUUGGUUGCGUUCGGCAUGGGCGUGGCGAUCGUGAUCGGCGCCGUCUUCCUCCUUCCUGUUGGCGUCGUGACAGCGAUUUCGAACCAGGAAGUGGGCUUGAAUAUGCUCUCAGAGCUCAUCAUUGGCUACAUUCUUCCUGGAUUCCCCAUUGCCAUGAUGAUUUUCAAGUCGACCAUGUACACCGUGUCGUGGCAAGGUGUGCAAUUCGCGAUGGACCAAAAGCUGGCGCACUAUAUGAAAGUCCCGCCCCGUGCUACAUUCAUUGUACAGACCGUGGCAGCGACCGUGGGCGGUAUCGUGAACAUCUUGGUCCAGCAAUGGGCCUUUAGCAACAUUGAAGGGAUCUGUCGCACUGACCAACCCGACAAGUUUACGUGCGCGCCGAGUAUGACGUUUGGCCAGGCGAGUAUCGUGUGGGGCCUUAUCGGCCCCAAGUACAUGUUCAGCCCCGGCCGUCCGUAUAAUGCACUUCUCUAUGGUUUUUUGGUCGGAGCGGCCGUCCCCCUCGUCAUGUGGCUACUUGCUCUGCGCUUCCCUAAAGGCCCCUGGCGCCUGAUCAAUAUCCCAGUGAUGUUUGCGGGUAUCGGCAGCAUUCCCCCUGCGACCGGAAUCCAGUACACGGCCCCGAUCCUGGUUGGCUUCCUCACUCAAUUUGUCUGGAAACGCUUCGGCUCGGUAACAUGGAGUAAGUACAACUAUAUCCUGGCCGCUGCGCUCGAAGGCGCCUCGGCCAUUGCGGUCGUCUUUAUCUUCUUUACGCUGCAGUUUCCCAAAGGCCCGAACCAGCACUUUCUCAAUGCGGGAUGGUGGGGUAACUCUGCGUACAAGAACACGGCAGACUACAAAGGCACGCCCUACCUCCACGUGCCAAAAAACGGUUUCCAGGGCACGCCUGCCCAGCUCGGCCUUGCUUCCCAGGGAAAGGUACCGAUGGACGAGGCGCUCCAGCCGUUCUUUACGGUGGGCUUUCCCUGUCACCUAGAGUCGCUUCCGACACUGCACUACAGUUUGGUUCCGAGUGAACAUGAUGAAUCGAGCGACUCGGAGGAUGAACUGAACGCCGGCCAAGGCAUGCGGCUCCUGCCCCAGCUGGUGCCGAGUGAGCGCCAGCCGUGGCCCGUGAUCAUGCGCAAUGCCAAGUCGGAGACUUUUAUGGAGUCUGUAGACCAGUGGACGAAGCUGCUCGUGCUGCUGGAUGCCGCCGAUCCGGAUCCUCACUUUACUGGGCUGCGCCGGUUCUUUGACACGCGCCUCGCCAAGGUGCUCCAAGAAGCGCCCAGGAGCCCCGAGGAGACCCUUUUUGCUUCGAUGACCCUGGGAGAGAGCGGCCGCAACGGCUCGCCCGCUCCUCCCGAGCCCGAGGCGACCGGCGCUCCAGUCGAGCGCCGUGGCUCGUUUACGCCCGGACGGCUGCAGAAGCACUUUCAGUGGACACGGCGUCCCUCGCUUCCCGCGGCAAUGCAUUCGCGGCCGCAGGAUACAGACAUGGCGCCAGUCUCUCAGCCCAGAUCGAUCCUGGGCUCGAUGCGGCGUAGUUCGCGCCGUGGCGAUGGGGACGCUGGUACUGUCAAUACAGACAUGUACGAGCUCUGGGUGGCGUCUGUACCCGAUGAGACUAAUGCGCGAUGCGUGCGCUUCAAUGUGCGACUGGAUUUGCACGCUGUGCGCCUUGCGCCCUCCCCUUCGAUGGCCGAGCCCAAAAACGAUGCGCGGACGAAACGGGCGCCCGGCCUGGAGUUUACGCCCGUGGUGCGGGACGAUACAAGCACACCUCCCACUGGCGCGCCGUCCACGGUCGAGUCGCUUGCGAGCGAUGAGGUGAGUGGUUCAGUUUCGCGGCGCUCGUUUGUGCAUCGCAUCCUCGACCGCGGCCUGCGCAAGUCGAGUGUUUCCGGCGCGCCAGCCGCAUCGUCGCAAGCAUGGAUGCGGAACCACGACCAUCUGGACCCCUAUGGCCCCGAAAAUGCCGAGGCGAUCGACUCGGACGACGAGGUGGACCACCGGCGGGAGGACCGACCUGCGUCCGGCCCUCGGCGCAGCUCGUCGGGCAGUGCCGCGGCGCGCUCGCUCGGCACGCACGCGAUGCCCUCCGACCUCGGUCGUGUCGAGGAGGACUCGCUGUUUGAGCCGAGCGAGUACAACUCGGGGUUGCGCAGUAUUAUGCAAGACAGCAAAGCGACCACGUCUAUGUAUGAUUCCGAUGUACCUGGCGUCGGCGAUGGCGAGGAUUUUUUGGCGCUGCUGCGGCGUGCAUCUGCGACGGUGCUGCGCCCCGGCACGCAGUCCAGCUGGAACCGCGGUGCGGACGAUGCGCUGCCGUCGAUACUCUCGUAUGCCAUGGCGCAGGCCUUUGGCUGGGAAGGUGUGCAGCACCUGUGCUAUGGCGCUGGGAGUCUCUGUGCGCAAGAGCAAGUCUUUGCCCCCCUUGGGCGUGCAGCGGACAUCAACUCGAGCAUCAAAAAGAAGCACGAUGCGGUGCUGUCCUGGCGCAGCAAUGUGCAGGCUGGUGGCGAAGAGUUUACGGGCUUUCCGGGUGUGCCUGACCAGGACGUGCUGACGCCGCGUCUCGGCGACGAGCCCGACUCGCCUGUUGAGCUGCGCUCGACGGUAAGCAACAACGAGACGCAAUCGGAUCCCAGCACGGACCCCGCCCCCCGUCUCGCGCGCAAUGUGCUGGGCCGUACGUGGUCGGACUGGCACGCGCUCUUUUCGAGUAUCUUUGGCUGGGUAUCUGAGUACGAAACAACGCGCAUCCGCAGUGGAUUGGCGCAUGAAAUGGACCGCGAGGUCCCCCAAAACAUCGUGGCUGUUUCGCGGCGCACCGGACGUGCGCAGCCCUCGCCGUGUGUCGAAGACGAUGCGCUGAACGCUGCCCAUGGCUUCCAGCGGCUACCCGGCAUCCCCGAGGCGCUGCGCCACGGCCCCCAAGGCGAGGAGCACAGAGACUUUCGGUGGUCGCGCUCGCGGCUGCGCUCGAGCCAUGUACAUACACCGAUCAUUAUCAGCAGCGCAUCCGUGCAGUUCUUUGUGCAUCAGCUCGGCACGUCUCGGUGGGUAUUUGAGAGUGCGUGGGAGCUGCAGUACCUUGACAAGUGCAUCUUUGGUUCGGACAUGAUCCGGCAGCGUUUCCCCCCGCCCGGCGAGCAAGUCGUGCCUGCGGCGCAUGCGUACCAGCCGAGUGCUGGCGAGCCCGACAUCAGCACGCCGUGUCCCUACCCCAGCACAUCCGGGGCGUGGAAUACGCUCGCGUGGAGGAGCUGGCUCGCGACGCUGCGCGAAGGCCAUGUCAUUGUGCCUGCCGUGGCGUGGCAGGCAUGGUGGACGCUGAUUGCGGUGCUCAACGGUGCGGACCGCUCUGGGCGCUGGUACGACCUGCAGGUCAAGGCGCCCAACGACAGUUUUGAGGACCUGGACCUUUCCUCUGUAUAUAUCUAA